UGGAAACGAUGUGGUAUCGGGUUCAAAUUCGGCGGUUGUUUCAAGGUUAAAUCAGUAAUAAUCUCCUCGAUGGACACGGUACGAUAAUGAAGUAGAUUUUCAAGUACAGUUGGUGUGUGGGUGCGUCGACAAUGACAUUGAAGUUCGCGAAUUCUCGCGAACGUUGCGCCAGAAGAAGUCGGAGAGAAGGUCGCUGCGGUAAUUCCGCCAGUUAAAUUUCGAACGAAAUUCUUAAGUUUAUGGUCGCAGGAAUCUUGGGGAGUUCGCCGAAGGAAAUAAAGAUUUGGGCCAGCGCAGAAUGCAGGAGGACUGGUUAUGAAAUCUUCCUUCCUCCAGUUCGCAGCCCGCCGUCCAACAUCCAACACAAUAACCAAAACACGUCCAUGCUCAGCUCCGAUCGACCAUGAAGAUCCGGAACUUCCUAUUGAUCGUCGCAAUCCUCCAACUGGCAGCUUCUUUCAUCUCGUGCGAAGAGGAAACUAAAGUUUUAGUGGACCAUGGAGGAAACUACGUGCAUCCCAGACCGUCGUACUCUGUGAAACCGACGUCCAGACCCGUGGAACAUGAACCCGGUGUGCCACACGAUUCAAAGCCGGCGAAGAAACCGCUCUCCAGACCAAUAAAUCCGAACCCUCUGAACUGGUUCUCGUCCCUCUUCAACGGACAAGCACAGCACACGCAAGGUCACAAGAUUCCCGAUUUCGUGACAGGAUUCAACCACUCCACAGACUCCACCACCGUCGAACCCAUCUACAACCUGAACGACACCGAGAUCUUCGACGAUGUCAACUUCACGGCAGUAGAAUCUCAACCAUUGAUUCUACGACCCGCCAGUAAUUUAACCUAUUCUUUAUUGGGUAAUUCUGGGCAGGUGCAGAAUCAGGAACCCAAUAAAGGUGUGGUGGAUUGGGUCUUGGGUUUGGUCGGUAUUCAAACCGGGGGCAACAACAACAACCCUCCAACGAAACCGCCAAACAAACCCGUAGAACCCAAACUUUGUGGAGACUGCGCAUGCGGCGUGACUUUUAAGCAAACGAGAAUUGUGGGAGGCGUAGAGACCCAGGUGAACGCUUACCCAUGGAUGACCAUCCUUAGUUACAACGGAAGAUUUUACUGUGGCGCUUCGGUGAUUAACAACAAGUACCUACUGACAGCCACUCAUUGCGUGAAUGGAUUCACCAAAGAGAGACUGCAGGCUGUGUUCCUGGAUCACGAUAGAUCUAAUCAAUUCGAGACCAAAACGUUUACUAGAAAGAUUGCGGCGAUUCUCAAGCACAGAGGCUACAACAUGGGAGGCUCGUACAACAACGAUAUAGCUUUGCUUAGGUUGGACGAAGAACUUCCGUUUUCCGGUCUGCUACGUCCAGUUUGUCUUCCGACCAUCGGUAAAAGUUACACGGGUUACACAGGUAUUGCCACGGGUUGGGGAGCUACGGAGGAGCACGGACAGGUUUCCAAUAAGCUGAUGGAGGUGGACGUUCCCAUAUUAUCUAAUAUAGAUUGUCGCAAAACAGGAUACGGAGGUAAAAUUACCGAUAACAUGAUGUGCGCCGGAUACAAGCACGGCACCAAGGAUUCUUGCCAAGGAGACAGCGGUGGACCACUUCACAUUGUGAAUAGCACGUACCAUACGAUCGUUGGUAUUGUUUCGUGGGGAGAGGGAUGCGCCGAGCCCAACUAUCCCGGCGUUUACACGAGGGUGAAUCGGUACAUUUCGUGGAUAAGAAGCAACACCAAGGAUGCCUGCUACUGUUCCUAAAACUUCUCUACCUGUGAUUCGCGUACUAUUUAUAUAUUUAUUUAUUUCUCCAUCAACCAGAACGUCUCCAUCUCACCCUUUCCCUACAUUGGCAGAGAGAUAUAAGAUUAGAAAAUGAA